AUGGGAGGAAAGUCUUUUGUUAGUGCUACUGCUGUUUGUUGUUAUCCAGUAGUGGCUAACUUAUGUAAUCAAGUAACAAGUGACACCCAAACUUCGAGAGGGGAAGCCGGUUACGGGGCUACAAAUCAAGUGCCAUCCUACAACGCCCCCUCAUCACAGGCUCGAAGUUCAACAUUUUUAAAGGAAGGGAAAAGCAAACUCAAAUAUUACACACAAUUUAAUGGCAUAAAUUUUUUUAAUCAAAUUCCUCUGUUGACGGGAGAUGAAACGAAAACAUUGAGAGAGCUGAAUGAAAAGCUGAAAACAACUAAAGCAUGUAACAGUAUAAGAGCAAAGCAUAGAGAAGGAAAAAAUCUUAUUAAAGGAAUGAUAGAUUGUAAUCUUAUCUGA